GCACAAGUGCGUAGACCGGAGCAGGCUGGUAUCGCGAGGAGUGGAGGCCGAAACCCGCUCGGACUGUUCGCCACAUUCGUGUGAUACGAAUUGUAUGCCCAGAGACGCUCGGUAGAGUUCGGGAUCCGCUGUGCGUUCUUACACGGCUCCGGCUGUGUAAAGGGUUGUUACAGUAAGCAGCGGGGGGCUCCGGCCCUGAGUGACCCGAGGAGGAGCCGGGGUAGAAUUGUGCGGAUGGCGGCUGCAGCGGGUGGAGACGACGGCGCGGGAACUGGAGGCAAGAUUCGUAGCAGGAGAUAUCAUGUGAGCGCCGGGAAGACACCGUACAGCAAGAACCGCCAACCAGGCCAGCAGGGGAUUAUCACCCGUGUGACUGACACCGUUAAAAGCAUUGUCCCUGCAUGGCUGCAGAAGUAUUUUAACAAAGAUGCCUCGGAUUCUGGCAGACUUCCAGUUUCAAAUGAAUUUGGAACAGAACAUUCAGAGAAUGAUGUAGACCACCACGUGUUUGUCAAUGAUGAGAGACCAGCUCCAGCUGAAGGCAAUGUAACCCCUGAACCAGUCAGGCUGGAAGAAGAGCCAACAACUAGUCGCUUCUCCCUAAACGUUCAUGAUGGACUAACACGGCCGUCUCUACAUCGGACCAAUCUGAACUUUGAUGUUUUGGAUUCUCCGGCACUUCACUGCCAACCUUCAACCUCCUCUGCCUUUCCCAUCGGCAGCUCUGGCUUCUCACUAGUCAAGGAAAUCAAAGACUCUACCUCUCAGCAUGAUGACGAUAACAUCUCCACAACCAGUGGCUUUUCCUCCAGAGCAUCUGAUAAGGAUUUGGCCGUUUCAAAAGGUGUAAGUGCCCCCCCAUUGUGGUCUCCGGAAGCAGAUCGCUCGAAUUCGCUUGUUCAUAAUUCCUCCUUGAGUGCAAAGAAACCUACGUUCAAUCUUUCUGCCUUUGGAGUGCUCUCACCAUCUCUUUCCAACAACUCAGUCCUUAAAUCUAGUCGGCUUGGUGAUUCUCCUUUUUAUCACGGAAAAACAGUUUAUGGAGGUGCAGCUGCCCGAUCAGCCAGAGUGCGAGCAACACCAUAUGAGGCUCCGUUAAGACGACAAGUAAAAGCUAAACCUUCAAAUGCUCAAAGUUAUGGAGUCAUUAGCUCGGCUGCUCGGCGCAUUCUACAGUCCUUGGAGAAAAUGUCAACUCCCUUGGCGGACGCCAAGAAAAUCCCAACAUCCCCUCCACCUCAGAAUGAAAGAGAAGUUCCCGAUUUCACAGAGAUCCCAUCUAAAAGGAAAAAGGUUGAUGCUUCAUAUCCACCUGUUCGGCAGCUUGUAACACCAAAACCUGCUUUGGUAUCUGCAAACACUUCAUUGUAUAUUAAACCUUCACUGACUCCAUCUGGCUUAACAAGCACUUGCCGCAAGAUACAGCGCGACAAGCACCAAGACUCCAAAAAGAAUAAUGUGCCAGAUGGUUGUCGAGAACCACAGCCUGAGAGCAGGUUUCCUUACCCAAAGUUCAGCACCCCUGCCUCAAAUGGCUUAUCCUCAGCUGGAGGCAAGAUGAUGAGGGAACGAGGAUCUCAUUACACAGCAAAGCCAGCGGAUGAGGUGCCAGAUGUGCCUGAUUUACCAGAAGUUCCUUUGCCAUUAAGCACUGCUGCGCUUCCCAGCUUUAACUUUCCAACUAUGUCUGGUAAAACAUCUCCAGUAACUGUUCCUAAAACUGCAGAUAACCAGGCACAGAACACUUUCACAUUUUCAACUCCUAUUUUGAAAUCAACUGAGUCCAAUGCACAAAUUCCCGGGUCAUCUAUUGGAUUCACCUUCAGUGCACCAUCUGUGAAGGUCUAUUCUGCAUCAAAUGCUGUGGCUUGUGAGACCCCUAAAAGGACUAAUCCUGCUAAAUCUCCAGUCCAUGCCAGAAUGUCUGGCGCAAAGAAGAAAGAUGAUGAUGAACCAGAAGGAUUUUUUAAACCUGCAAAAACAUUAAAAGAAGGAAGCGUGUUGGAUAUUUUGAAAAGUCCUGGCUUUUCCUCUACCACUGCCAGCUCUCUCAGCAAAAGCACGUCACCUCUCACAAAGAAUGCCGGUAACAAUGUGACAUUUGGAGACGCCAACAAGCCUUUUGGACUUUGGGGGUGCAACUCUUGUCUUCUUGAGAACAACGCAUCAGACGGUAAAUGUGUAGCCUGUUCUGCAGGUAAAGAGAAAUCAAUAGAAAUCCCAAACACAUUGCCCCCGACAGCCAGCACUCCUCCAUCUGCAAGCUUUCAGGGAUUUGGAGAGCUCUUUAAAGUGCCAGAAGGUACCUGGGAUUGCGACACCUGUUUAGUUCAGAACAAACGCGAGGCAACGAAAUGUGUGGCUUGUAGCACCCUAAAACCGUGCAGCGAAGCAAAAGCUCCACUGAUUGUGUCUCCCAAGAAAACUGAGAUUUCAUCUGCUGCAGUCCUUCAGGUUGGCACAAUGCCAAGCUUCCAAUUUGAUGAUAAAUUCAAAAGGCCUGUUGGUUCCUGGGAGUGCGCAGUGUGCUGUGUGCAGAAUAAAGCGGAGGACAAAAAGUGUGUUUCUUGUACAACUGAUAAGCCAGGCUCCUCCCCAGUGAAGACUCAAACCCUUGCCAUGGCAUCGCCUCUUACAGGAUAUGGAUUAUUAGAUCAGUUCAAGAAGCCGGCAGGCUCAUGGGACUGUGAUGUGUGUUUGGUUCAAAACAAAGCUGAAAAUACUAAAUGUGUUUCAUGCGAAAGUGCCAAGCCAGGCAGUAAACAAGAACUAAAAGGUGCCUCUACAAACUCUACAUCUACAAGUGCAACUACCGUUACAUUUUCGUUCCCGAAAGUUACAGGAGACUUUAAGUUUGGUACGGCAUCCUCUAGCAUCAAGGCACCUGAGAAAAAAGACACAGGCUUGUCAUUGGGUUCCACCGUUGCUAGCACUAAUCCGGUUCCAACGCCAGCUUUUAAAUUUGGGACAGAUAGCUUGGCUCCAGCUGACACGGGUAAUGCCAGCAAACCCCUGAUUAGUGGCUUCGCUUUUGGAACAGCUUCCAAUGUCGCUGUAUCGCCUCCUGCGACUGUAGAGAGCUUUCUUAGUACAGGCAUGCAAAGCCAGCCUGCUAUGGCUAAGUCCACCCUAACACCUUCCUUUGGACUGAUGUCAUCAAACGAGAAAAAACACGAAACACCUGCUUUCUCUCUUGGCAAAAUUGAGCAAAACAAGGAACCUUCACCUUUUGUUUUUGGGAGGAAAGACGAAAAAACAGACUCUACCACAAGUGGAACCACACUGAUUUUUGGCAACAAAAGAGAUGAUGAGGCACCAAAGCCAUUUGUAUUUGGCAAGCCAGAGCAAACCAACAACAGUUUAGCACCAUCUCCGUUUGUUUUUGGCGAAUCCAAUCCUGUAGAAAAAGCUACAGAUCCAACUCCAAAGCCUGCAUUUGUUUUUGGCUCUCAAGUCAAUUUGACCACCGCCACCACCACAGGCAACAUUGGAAAGGAUGCCAGCUCUUCCCUUCAAAGUGGUUUUACCAGUGUACCUCAGUCGAGCUUAUCCACCAUCUCAAGCAAUCUAUUUGGCAGUGCUACUCUGGCAAGCACCCCUGCAAGCACUAGCAAUCUAUUUGGCAGUGCUACUCUGGCAAGCACCCCUGCAAGCACUAGCAAUCUAUUUGGCAGUGCUACUCUGGCAAGCACCCCUGCAAGCACUAGCAAUCUAUUUGGCAGUGCUACUCUGGCAAGCACCCCUGCAAGUACUGGCAAUCUAUUUGGCAGUGCCACUCUGUCAAGCGCCCCGGCAAGCACUAGCAGUGUAUUUGGCAGUGCUACUCUGUCAAGCGCCCCGGCAAGCACUAGCAGUGUAUUUGGCAGUGCUACUCUGACAAGCGCCCCGGCAAGCACUAGCAGUGUAUUUGGCAGUGCUACUCUGACAAGCGCCCCUGCAAGCACCAGCAGUGUAUUUGGCAGUGCUACUCUGACAAGCGCCCCUGCAAGCACCAGCAAUGUAUUUGGAAGUGCUACUCUGACAAGCACCCCUGCAAGCACCAGCAAUGUAUUUGGAAGUGCUACUCUGACAAGCACGCCUGCAAGCACCGGCAAUGUAUUUGGAAGUGCUACUCUGACAAGCACGCCUGCAAGCACCGGCAACGUCUUUGGAAGUGCCACUCCAGCAGGCACACAAGCAGUCUCCAGUACCAUGUUUGGUACUGCUUCCUCAGUGGCACCCGCCAACUCCAGUGCUUUAUUUGGCAUUAACGUUCCAUCGGCUUCCUCUGCAAGUUUUGGAGGUACAAACCCUUCUCCAUUUGUAUUUGGCUCAAGUCAGACACCUGCUGCUCAAGCUGGCCUUUCUAUUGUCAAUCCUGUUCCAGCAUUUGGACAAAAUGCCAGUGCCCCCCCAGCUUUUGGCUCCUCAGCAGCAGCCCCACUGUUUCCCGCCAGUUCUCCGUCUGUGCCGGCUUUUGGCUCUAUAACAAGCAGCGUCCAGCCUCCCAUGUUUGGACAACAAGCCGCACAACCUGCCUUUGGAUCAAAUGCAGUGCCCCCUGCUGGCACUCCGUUUCAGUUUGGCGCCAAUACAAACUUCAACUUUACUGGCGGCAGCAGCGGCAGCAGCAGCUCCACACCUGGAGUGUUCGCUUUUGGUGCCAAUACAGCAGGAGCACCUGCACAGUCUGCAACCCCUGGCUUUGGUUUUAACCAGACCCCAACCUUCAACAUGGGGUCAAGUGGGAAGUCUACGAUAGCCAACCGUAAGAUAAAGACUGCCCGGAGAAGGAAAUAGAUGUAGAAAUAAUUAAGAAUAAAGUUGUUAUUGCAAAUGGUGUCCUGAAUUUGUGCAAAUACUGGAGUGUACCUCAUGCUGUGUUUAGUGGAAGUCAGAUCUGCCCAAGGACAUAUUACUGAAACUUUUUUGUUUGUUUUUUUUCUUCUCCUUAUUGAACAUUGGUGAUGGGAAGUGUCGUAAGCAAAUAUCUGCUUUCUGCAACCCCCAUCAUCUGACUUGGCAUGAUCUGGCUAUACAAGUGAAUUUUAGCCUGCACAGCGAAUGGCUUUUGUAUAAUACCUCUUUCAUCUGCACCACUAUUUUAUCAAGGCUUUGACAUUGUAAUUACCAGUGAGGCGGUUCUGUACAGCGCAGGGAUGAUGAAUGAUUUCUAUGCUGGUUGUAUGUGUGAAGUUGACUGUAUUGUGCACCAAAACCUUUUCUGAUAGGUGAGAAUUAAGAGAUGGUCCUUAGUUGGGACACGUUAGAUAUGUAGUUCUAUGUUUAGUAGAUGUUUUU